AUGCUAAUGAGAGGCAUUGCGGAUGGCGCCUGUACAUUUCCGGAUGCUCUGCGAGGUACAUGGAUAAGCAGUAACUUUGGAGACGCUGAAUUUACUGACACCAUCAUGUACUUAUCACAGUACGACAUUACAUCGGACUCCACCACGUCAGGCACAGCUUCGAAUUUUACCUGUGACUUUACUUCAGGAAGUUACUAUGUCUUAAGGACAGCCAACAACUACACGAGUCCUUCAGCUGGCAUUUACUACUGGUAUCUCUGUUUGGAGCUGACAUCCAUAACAGCAUAUUCUUACUACUAUUAUAAUUCCAGAGCUAACAAUGCCGGGGCGGGUUUGUACACAGAGUAUACAGAUGUCUGUACAAUAGGACAGGCUACCGAGCUUUUCCAUGUUUUACUCAAGGAAGGUUCUGAGUCGGAGGCGCUAUCGUACUGUGCCAAACCUUUCCUAGGGGUGUUUACUUACAUUCAUACCUCCUCGUCAGCUGACUGUGGUCUGAACUGGGGCGAGUCCCUACUAGACGUCUGUAACAACAACAGAACUAACAUGGUCUUUGAUUACAAUCAAUGCAACGCCCGAGUGGCUUUCUCUGCGGGAGGACGCGUGGGUUGUGUCGCUACUCUCAACGACGGCACCACUUACUACCAGAGUGUCAUCAACUUUGAUACCACUCUCAGCGUGUCUCCUAGAGCCUACAGAUUUACUUGUUUUGUGAUUGAAUUUGACGGAGAAAAUGUCACCGCUUCAGAGAAGGGAGAGAACUGCGAUGCAGGCCAAACAGCCACCACUAAACCGAGUGCCCCUGGGAGUCUUCUUUUUCUUGUAGCUAAUAGUAAGGAUAACAUUGAGACAGCGAGUUCACCAGAAGAAUCGGACAACACGGCAGUCAUUGUAGCGGGGGUGGUGGUGACCCUAUUGGUUAUAGCAAUCAUCAUAGGGGCGAUACUGGGCUAUAGAUACUUCAAGAAGAAACAAGAGGAAAAACUUUUCACUAAGAGAAAAAUUAAUCCUGUGAUUACCGUUGGAACGGUCGACAGUCUGAAGAAAAUGCCGGAACCUUUGGUUAAUACGAACAGUAACACCAGCAAAUCCAAAGAUAACAGUCUCAGCAACAACAACAACAGGUCCACUGAUAACAGUCUGGAUAACAACAACAGUAACAAAUCUAGUGAUAAUGUAUCCAGUAACACAGACAACAAGACAAAGAAUGACAACAAAACUGUUCCAACAGCGGAAAUACUGGUGACAACUGAUGGUGAAUUGCAAGAUGUGGAUGCUGAUAAGGAAAACAUUCAACAAGAGAUGCCAGAAAUUAAUAAAGCAGAGCACAAAGAAGAGAAGAAUAUACAUGUACCGAAUGGAACAGUUACCGUGUUUGACCUAACCGGAAAUGAGGCAGAUGUUGCGAAGUCAAAUCAACCUAGUGGAGUGAUUAAUAAAGGCGAUAUGAAAAAUGAAGCUAUCAAAGAAGUGGAUGAAAAAGUUAAAUCCGAAAGUGUUAAGCCUGAGAAGAAGGUUACGUUUCCGGAUCAACCGCCAGAGGGAUUAGGGAAACGAGAAAAAACAAUCCUUCCUUCCAGUGAGGCCAAACUAGCUCCAAGUGAGGAGGUGUCAAAUUUUGGGAAGGACAAAACUGGUAUGAACUCAAGGAUGUCCAGCAGAGGUGGAGUUAAACCAACAGAGAGCAAUGGGUCUCUUGAAGUUCUGUUUGGCAAGAAUGGUGUCCUGAAAGCAGAACCUCAGGACCCAUCCAACACACUGGGUCCUCGUGACCACACUUUAACUGAUAUAAUUAUAUAGCAUUCCAAUUAUGGAUAAGAUUUUCGUUUAUUUUUUACUGCAUGAAAUGAACACUCAUUCUAUUGACACUUUUGGAAAAAACUUUACAUUAUUUUUUUGAU